CCGUGCCUCAUAUACGAGGGGUGUUCAAAAAGUACAGGGUUGGCCAUAUUCGACGGAAAGAUGUGGCAACACUGUAACUUUUGACAGAGAUGUUAGAUCGAGUAACGACGUAGCGCGUUUGAAGCGUCAGUCGAAGGAAAUUUGUGCCAUGGAACAGUACACGCCACGCGAACGCUCUCAGAUUGUUGAAAUUUACAUUCAACAAAACAAGUCAAUUGUUAAAACUCAACGUGCAUGGAGAAAAAUAAAUAAAGUGAAAAGUGCGCCUUCCGCGAACACAUUGUAUCGUUUGUAUGAAAGAUUUUCAACUGGUGAGGCACUCACUAAUCCCAAGCGUCCAAAUAAAGUGCGACCAAGGCGAUCGGAUGAUAUUAUCGCACUCGUACAGGCCAGUGUUCAGAGGUCUCCAACAACAUCUCAAACACGUCGAUCUGAGCAGUUGGGCAUAAAACGAACCACUUUACGUCGCAUAUUGCAUCAUGAUUUGCAUUUGUUCCCAUACAAAGUUCAAGUGACGCAAAAACUGUUACCUAUCGAUAAGCCAAAUAUAUAUAGAAACAUAGAUGGAGAAGUUGCAAGUAAAAUAAAACAAGAAAAAGACAGCAAUAUGGAAUCUGAAGAAUCUGAAGAAACACGGCAGUUAAAUUACAUGGAUCUGGAGAAAUGCAUGGAAAUCAAAGUAGAAACAAAUGACGAUGUGGUAUUUGCAGAACCACUACCAAUUAUUAAUAACAUGAAUGGUGAGAUAAUUAAACCAAGUACAUCCAAACAUACAAAACAGGACAUGAAAUCGUCGAAGGAUAGCCCAAGGAAAAUGAAGUUGCGUUUAAAGAUAGCAAAAUUGAAGACACAAAACAAAACGCUCCGCGAAAUCCGACAGUCGAAGGCAAAGAAGAAAAAUAUACGAGACUAAAGAGCCAAAGAGACUAACGAAACUUUAAAAAAAUUAGGCCGAUGAAGAACAAGGACAACAAAUCAACAAUUUCGCUUCAAUGACGCUUGUGGCUGUUACAUGCACCAUAAAUUUCAUACAUUUACGUAUUAAUCAUGAAAUGAAAAAAAUAAAAUAAAUAAAUGGAAAUGUACA